AUGGUUAAUACUCGAGCAUCUGGAUCUUCAACUAAUGACGGAAAAGCGAUCGAUCAGUCAAAGACAAUUAAAGGUUUGGAGGUAGAGUAUGUUGAUAUAUCAGCAUUACCAUUGUUGAACACGGAUCUUGAGGUGAAUGGAACGUAUCCGCCUGCUGUGGAGGUUUUCAGGGAGAAGAUUGCUGCUGCUGAUGGUCUACUCUUUGCUUCACCUGAGUACAACUACUCAGUCACUGCACCUCUAAAAAAUGCGAUUCUCGUCCCCCAAAUGUGUUGGCUGACAAUUGUGAGCGGCGGGGGAGGUUUUGGUCGAUGGCUAUCUCAAUAUCAUCUUCGUCAGAUAUGCAUUUACGUUGAUGUUCACUUCAUCAACAAACCCGAGUUCUCCCUGAAUGUGUUUGCGCCUCCUGCUAAAUUUGAUAGCGAUGGCAACUUGCACGAUGAUGCAACCAAGGAAAGGCUGAAAGCGGUUCUCUUAUCCUUAUAUGCAUUCACUCUCCGUCUUCAGAGUAAGUCUGCAUAGUCUCUCACUGGACAUCUUGUGCUAGCAUAGCACCUUAAGAUAUUUGCAUUUUGUGUUGUUUUCAUUUCGCCUUUAAUGUCAUUCAAAUGUUGUCCAAGUCAUUGUUAUUCCUCAAUGGCAACAUUGAAUGUAGAACAUUGUUGUGUGUCAUUGUUUGGAGCAAAAUAAUACUAGUAGGUCAUUUUCCGACA